CUCUUUGGCCGGAGCUGUGCGGACAGACAGCGGGCACGGACCCCCGACAGCCCCAACAGCCCCACACCAAGCGAUGGCCUUUGCCAAGCUGCAGAAAGUGCUGAUCAGCGACAGCCUGGACCCCUGCUGCAGGGACAUCCUGCAGGCGGGGGGCAUCCAGGUACUGGAGAAGCCCGGGCUGAGCAAAGAGGAGCUGCUGCAGGAGAUCCGGGACUGCGAUGGGCUCAUUGUCCGCUCGGCCACCAAAGUCAGCGCCGACGUGCUGGAGGCGGCGGGCAGGCUGCAGGUGGUGGGCAGAGCAGGCACCGGCGUUGACAAUGUGGACGUGGAUGCAGCCACCAGGAAGGGAGUGCUGGUGAUGAACACGCCCACCGGGAACAGCCUCAGUGCUGCAGAGCUCACCUGCGGCAUGAUCCUGUGCUUGGCCAGGCAGAUCCCCCAGGCAGCUGCCUCCAUGAAGGAAGGCAAAUGGGACCGAAAGAAGUACAUGGGCAUGGAGCUGAAUGGGAAGACGCUGGGCGUGCUGGGGCUGGGCCGCAUCGGCAGGGAGGUGGCCACGCGGAUGCAGGCUUUUGGCAUGAAGACCAUCGGCUACGACCCCAUCAUCACCCCUGAGACCUCAGCUGCGUUCGGCGUGGAGCAGCUCCCACUGGAGCAGAUCUGGCCCCGCUGUGACUUCAUCACGGUGCACACACCACUGCUGCCCUCCACCACGGGGCUGCUGAAUGACAGCACCUUCGCCAAGUGCCGCCGUGGCGUGCAGGUGGUGAACUGUGCCCGGGGUGGCAUUGUGGAUGAAGGAGCACUGCUGCGGGCACUGCGCUCGGGGCAGUGUGGAGGGGCCGCCCUCGAUGUCUUCACACAGGAGCCCCCGAAGGACCGGGACCUGGUGGACCACCCCAACGUCAUCUGCUGCCCGCACCUGGGUGCCAGCACACGGGAGGCACAGAGCCGCUGCGGCAAGGAGAUCGCCAUGCAGAUAGUGGACAUGGCCACUGGGAAGGGGCUGGUCGGCGUGGUCAACGGGCAGGCGCUGAGCAAAGCCUUUGCGCCCCAGACCAAGCCCUGGAUCGCCCUGGCCAAGGCGCUGGGCACAGUGCUGCAUGGCCUGGCCAAGCAAGCAACGGGCAAUGUGCAGGUCUGCACCUUAGGGGCCCCCCUGAAGGAUGCCAGCAGCUACCUGGCACCUGCCGUGGUGUCAGGCAUGCUGGCUAGAGGAAAGAAGGAGGCGACCCUGGUGAACGCCAUGCUGCUGGCCCAGGAGGCUGGCCUGAAGGUCACAGCCACCCAUGGUGACACAUGCCCUGAGCCCGAGGGCUUGCUGCAGGUGGCCCUGCAGGGCACCCCACACCGGGUGACGGGAACGGUGCAGGGCAGCAGUCCAGUGCUGCGGGAGCUCAAUGGGGCCACUUUCAAGCAGCCGGCACCACUGGUGGGCCCUCUCCUCAUCUAUAGAGCCAAAGCAUCGGAGACAAACGCACUUCCCACACUCACUGGGCUGCUGGGGAAAGCAGGGAUCCAACUCCAGUCCUACCACAGCUCCAAUGCAGUGGUGGGGGAGCAGUGGAGCAUAGCUGGGCUCUCAGCCCCACUGUCUGACCUCGCUGGCCUGAAGCCAUGCACUGCAGAAGUCUUCCAGCUCCACCUGUAGCCCCCCACCACCAGGACAGACCUGGAGCCGCCAGCACCUGGGGGAGCAUCAUGCUCAAUAAAGCAUCCAGGAACGAG